CGGGUGGGUAAUUUUAAAUUAAACAAAAUAACAAAUUUUCAACCUGGUCUUCCAUAUUGGGUUUAUCAAUAGUUAAAAUGGAGAAAAGUUCACAAGAGUCUCCAUUGAAAAUGUUACUAAGUGGUACAUCUAGGCCUCCGGGGUCCUCAGUACAAUCGACGAAACCACCGCAGACUAGUAUACAGAUGCAAACACCCAUGCAAACCGGCCCUCAGGAAGCAAUCAAUUCUGUUCUGGUUAGGAACUGUGUAGCCACGGUUAGUGUUGGUUGUGAGCUGAAUCUGAAAACGAUCAACUUUCGGACCAGAAACUCCGAGUACAAUCCUUCCCGAUUUCAUGGCGUCGUGAUGCGGAUACGUGAUCCCCGCUGUACGGCGCUUAUUUUCCGUUCGGGCAAAAUCAUCUGCACCGGGGCGAAAAAUGAAACCGAGGCCAACCUGGGCUUAAGGAAGUUCGUUCGUAUUAUUCAAAAGCUUGGCAAUAAUGUAAAGUUUCUUGACUUUAAAGUGCAAAACCUAGUCGCGACGGCGGACCUGCGAUUUCCGAUUCGAUUAGAAAAUUUGAACCAAAAUCAUGGCCAGUUCAGCUCGUACGAGCCGGAACUUUUCCCGGGGCUCAUCUAUCGAAUGGUUCAUCCAAGGGUUGUUCUUUUGAUAUUUGUUAACGGUAAAAUAGUGUUCACGGGCGCCAAAAAUGUCAGGGAAAUUAACGAGAGUUUGGAAAACAUUUAUCCAAUUUUACAGAGCUAUCGUAAAAACUAGGCCCUUGCAAUCCGUGUCCAUCCUUUUCAUCCCCUGCUUCUUUGCGUAACGACCAUCUUUGGUCAUACCUGCCUGCUAAGGACUUACUAGACUGUUAGUCAGUCCUCCCGUACAGAGGAGGGUUCGGUCUCGGUUGCCGACAACGAAUGAAAAUCAUUUUCAUCAUAUGUCUUUAUACAGCGAUCUUCAGAGCAUGGUAUUUAUAAAAAAAACUAGGAUAAUUAAAAGUAAUUCUUAAGCGAAUUUAAAAUUAAUUAAGCAUUAAAUAUAUGCAUCUAGAUGUACUGAUUUGAGUACUUGACAAAUUAACCAAAUUUUCUUUAACUUUAUAUCUUUUUUCUCUGUGAAUCCCAUUUAAUUGAGGUUUUCUAAAUGUUCUGGCAAAUUAUUUAUGAUACGUUCGAAAAAUACUUCAUUUAGCUGGUGAUGUUUACGGGAUGAAUAAAAUGUAUCAUCGGUUCACGAAAAGUUCACUGGGAGAAACAAAAUAUAUCAUCGUAAAACACCAAUCCCUAUUGCUUGCAUCGUGCCAGGUUUCGUAUAAAAAUAGAACUUAUCCGAUUGAUGAGAUAAGGCAGCCUCAGUUCGAUACGAGGAUGAGAGAAUGAAACAAAUUUCAUACAUCCGUUUUGGGUGGAAACACGUGCAUGUUUUUUCCAACAUGUGUUCUAACGUGUGCUUGUAUUAGUACGGGUGGCCAAGUUUACCACUCCUAUCUCCUAUCGUCUACAGAAUGCAUUAAAACGCAGCAACAGCAUAGUAUCUGUUGAAAAAUUCUCCCUUAACGGAAUGGGGCGGAUGGCUCCUGAAUGUCUGAAAUCGUGCAGUUGGGUGACGCUAAAGUUUCUUUAUCGCCGUUAUGAGCAUGCGGGUCUAACACAAAGAAAAAAAAACAGCAAAAAUAAACGAUGUACAAAACUGCUACGAAUAU